AUGUCUUUAUUAGAUGCUAAUCUAAGUCGUUUGGACAAUCAAAAGAAUAUUUCUUUACCUCCUAUAUCUUCCAUCAUUAAGAGUAUAGAUCAACAACAGCAACAACAACCUUUACCAAAUGUUAACUCAACUUCUCCAAAUUCAAGAAAUAAUACAUUAUUACAGAAUCAAAAUCCAACAUUCCCUUCAUUAGUUACAAAUCCAUCAUAUCAAGCACCAGUUAUAGUUACAGAUAAUACAAAUUCAUAUACCUACAACACUUUUAGAUCAUUAUCUCAAGAUUCAAUUACAUCAACUUCCACCCCUUCAAUCCCAUUACCAAUAAUUCCAAAUCAACAAUCUUCAAUACCAUAUACAAAUUUACCAAUAACUCAAACUUUACAAAUACCACAACAAAGAUAUCAUCAUGAUUCAUCAUUAUCCCCAUCAACUCAAUCACAUUUAACUCCAUCACCAACCAUAUCUAAUACAUCAAUAAAUUCAUCAACUUCACCAGUUUCAAAUACAUCUUUAUCACAAUCAUUACCAAAUACUACAUCCCAGGGUAACAAGAGAAAAUAUACAUGUAGAACAUGUACUAAAUCAUUUACAACAUCAGGUCAUUUAGCAAGACAUUCAAGAAUUCAUACAGGUGAAAGAAAACAUAUUUGUCCUCAUCCAAAUUGUGAAUCAAGAUUUGCAAGACAAGAUAAUUGUAUGCAACAUUAUAAAACUCAUUUAAAUAAUAAAUUAAAAAGAAGAAAAUAUACAAAGAAGGUAUGA